AUGGCUCCCAUGCGCCUUGUAAUCGUCGUUACUUUUGCGCUGUACUGCAGCAUCUCAGCCCAAUAUGCCGGAAUGGAAUUACCAGCCGGCCUCAGUCCACGGUACUACCUAGGUGGAUUGAUAGAGAGACAAAGUGGAGUCUGUGUGGACAGUUCAAAAGAACAUUCAUGUCUUGAUGUCGGUAAUGCAUCAAGCUGUUGCGAGAACGACAACUAUUGCAUGAUAGACACGAGCUUCAACGUCCAAUGCUGCGCAAUAGGAUCGAACUGUGGCAUCACAGCCUGCGAUUCGGCCCACUACAUCUGUCCCUCGACAGUCACAAGUAGCGGCACCGCAACAGUAACAGCAGCAUGCUGUCCACGAAGCUGUCCUACCACAAGCCAAUUCAAAUGUGAUGCUUCUCUCGGCGGAGGAUGCUGUGGCUAUGGAUCUGUCUGCGCAUCUGGGAAUAAAUGCAUCUCAACGGCUACGCCCACGACUGUAGCCGUCGUCUCGCAGAUUCCAAGCGGAUGUACGACCAGCCAGCUUGCGUGCCCGAGUUCCAUCGGCGGAGGAUGCUGCAAUAUAGGCCUUGCUUGUACGGUAGUAGAUAACACGAACUACUGCGCUGCUCCAACUGGAAUGGCGACAAGAACUGGCGCAAACGGUAUCCUAGCCACGGCGGUACCGAAACCGUCCUCUGGUCUCUCGACUGGAGCAAAAGCCGGGAUAGGUGCUGGAGUAGCGGUGGGAGCUUGCGUGGCUGUGGGCAUUUUCCUGUGGUUCUGUCUAGCUCACAGGAAAAGUUCUAGGAGCAAUCAAUCUGUGGUUACGGCAUCUGGACCUGAGAUGUCCCAAGGCUCUGAAACGGGCAUAACGAGGCCGGGGCCAGGAAGACAGGCCUCGGAUUAUUUCGGGCCUGUUGCAGCUCCUGGUCCAUUCACUGACAGUCCAAUUUCUCCUGCGUCGAGAAGCCCAGCUGGCUCGAGAGGUGUUCCUGCUAAUCCUCAGAGUCCGGGGGAUAUCACUACACCAGUUGAGAUCGAUUCGAGGGAUCACUCUAACGUUACUUCGCCUGGAUUGUUCGAAUACAGCAAAACUGCAGGAUCAACAACAUAUCCUGUCGAACUGCCUUGA